GCAAAAUUAGACCAACAAUUCAAUAAUCCCUGUUUUCCUUCGCUACCCAGAGACUUAAAAAAGAAGGAAAAGCCCGUGGUGCACAGAGGGAGACAGAGAGAUGAAGAAAUCGGGAGGCGCGGAGAAGAAAAGGGCGCGACGAUCUUCAGGAGCCAUCCAAAACGGCGCCAGGGAUCCCAACGUUGAUACUCCUCCCAGGAAACAACCUGCUAAGCAGGAUGUUUUUCAGUUGUUUGCUGAGAAGGUGAGAGACCAUAAGGACUUGGUGUCUAGGUGGGCAGUUUUACAGGAGACUCGUGUGGAGUACUUUAGAGGGAAGGAUUUUUCUAGCUUUUUGAGAAAUCAUCCGGAGCUCAAAGAUAUUCUAGAAUUGGAUAAGAACCUAGAGACUGAUGAUAUUGCUAAUGCUCUUUUACGAAAGAAUCUUUUAGUGCGUUGUGAUCGUGUAGUGAAAACUGUUCGUCCUGGGAAGAAAAAGUUGUCUACUUGGCCAGCUCAUUUGGAGAUUUUCCCAGAGCAAAUAUUUUCUGAAAAUGAUGCAUUUUUUGCGUGGACAUUUGUGAAACGGCGGCCGCUUUGGCAAACUCUUCUAUCAUUUUUCUGGCCUGUGUUGACUCUUGCAAUUUGCUUGUUUCCUGUGUAUCCCCAUCGGUGCAAGCUACUAAUACUCUACUCUUGCGCAGGAGUCUUGCUACUUAUCCUAUCGCUGCUUUUGUUGAGAGCUACUAUAUUUGGUAUUCUAUAUAUUGUUCUUGGAAAACGUGUUUGGUUCUUCCCUAACAUCCUUGCCGAGGAAGCAACAUUGAGGGAGUUAUUCCGUUUCUGGCCCGAGAAAGAUGAGGAGGAGCAACCCAAAUGGACAACGAGGCUUUUCUAUGCAAUAGUAGCUGUCCUUGUCAUAUUGCUGCUGCGGCACCAUGCUCCUGAUGAGGCUGCUAGAGCAAGGUAUCAAAAGCGGGUCUCCAACAUAAUUGAUGAUGUUCUUGAGUGGUCUCCAAGAUUAGCCCUCUCCGUAAUGAGGGAUAAGCAGCAAACUGUCACUAACGCCACAGAACCAAACAGCAGUUUCCCGGAUGCCAACCAAAGUCCGGAGGAAACAGCUCAAUCCGAAAGCGUAGGCGAAGAAUCUGUCUCAGACCAAAACGAGGCAGAAGUUUUUGACGAUCUUAUAUGAAUAGAAAGUGCAGUUCUUAGUGAAGCACUGUCUUCUUUUGUUCUUCCCUUUUGGGUCUUAUUUUAUGAUUAGAGUGUAAACCCUGUAUCAAACAAUCACAAUAAAGCAGUUUAUUUCAAGUCACAGAUUUUUAAUAUUAUUAUUAGGUCAUUUUCGUCA